GCUCUCCAGAGAACUUUGUCACCUUACCGUUUGCAAGUUCCAGUAAAACGUACGUGCUAUCCUUUGACAUUUUUUUCAAAUCAUCUGGAUCAGUUUCGAUCAAAGUGGAAGUGGGCGACACCAAAACGUACACACUUGUUUACAACACAAGCGAAACUCUCGUGGAAAUACGACAAGAUGGUGCUACCUAUGGAAUAGGUUUGACACACAAGUGCCGAAAAAUUACGAGAAACCUAUGGAUCGAUUUGAACAAAGCACUCAGAGAGAAAUUAGGCCGCAAGAAAGACAACAAGAAAAGGGCCAAGCUUCGUUUAACUGAGAUACAAAGUUUAACUUUACAAGGGGAGGGUUUUAUAGGUAAGGUAAAUAAUAGCUUUGGUAUAUAGCAUUUUUACGAAUAUAAGUGGGUUUCAUCCAGUGAGCUCUAUAUUAUAAUUUGUAUAUAUCUGGAGCGAGAAUAUCACUAGUUAUUCAGCAUAUAAUAAAAGUGAAUUCCAAGUCACCUUAUCACAACCCACACACCCGUAAAUCUAUAUAUACAUGAACUUGCGGUCACAGUUUGACAACUGGCCUCUGUAGCUCAGUUGAUUAGAGCGCUGCACCGGAAUCGCAGGACUGCGGGUUCAACGACCUGCCAGAGGACCCAGUGUUGCAUUUUUCGCCACCGUCCUGGUUUGGUCUUAAAUUGUGUAUAAAAAUGCUCACUUGGAUUAUCCACCAAACAGAUAUGAAUAUACCCAAAUUUGGAGGAGAUCCAGAUACCAUGCAAAUACCUAAAAUUAAAGUCUCAAUAAGAUGCCAAAUACCCGGUAAUUAAACUGUCCCGAUACCAUAUACGGUACCACAAAUAAAACGCCCAAGAUACCCGUAUACCAGAAACCCCUGCCCAGGCCAGAUCUGCUGUUAUCCGCCUAUAACAGUUGGCUGUGCUAUAUAGUUGAUGGCAUUGCAACUGCUAUAAAAUAGCCCAUUCGGCAUUCUGAAUUUUGUUAACAAAAAAUCAUUUCAUGUCUAGAUAAUGUCACUCUAAUGGAAAAUGGUCACAAGGCUGCGUUCUUGGCCGCGGCGCGUUGGCUUUUGAAGAACCAAGAUCAGAAAGGCGGAUGGGGGAUUCCAGUGAAGCGAAAACUCAAAACUGGAGCGGAACUGGAGCCAGGCUGGUACUCCGCGAUGGCCCAGGGGCAGGCAUUAUCCAUCCUAACUAGAGCAUACCAUGUUACCAAAGACUUGGAGUACCUGAACGCCGCAAAGCGGGCCACUGCAUUAUUUCACGUGAAAUCAAAAGACAAUGGAAUCUUAGCUAUUUUUAUGAAUAAAUUCAAAUGGUACGAAGAAUACCCAAUGACGCCAUCACUUUUUGUUCUUAACGGCUUUUUGUACUCGCUUAUGGGACUCUACGACUUGAAGAUGACCCUACCUUCAGAACAAAGAAGCGAAGCCGAGGGUCUGUUUAAAGAUGGAAUGACAUCGCUAAGAGCUAUGAUUCUAAUGUAUGAUAGUGGUUCAGGGACCAUAUACGAUCUAAGACAUCUAACCAUGGAUGUUGAACCCAAUUUGGCCCGCUGGGACUACCAUGCCACGCACGUCAACCAACUGACUUGGGUGACCAUGAUAGAUAGCGACCCGUUUUAUAAGGAAGUGCUGAAAAGAUGGAAGGGAUAUUUUAAAGGCAUUAGAGCAAAACAUAACUGA